AGCCGCGUCCCGCCGCGCCGCGCAGCCAUGGCGAGGCUCGUGCUCCUGCUCUGCAUCGCCGCGACCUGUUGCGUCGCGGCGGGAACCGCUCCGCGGGUGGCGGAGCCCGCGCUGGCUGCGGGAGGAGGCGAGCGUGGAGGGGGAGAUGCCGACCAGCUGGAGGAGAGGCAGGAGCGUGUGCCGGCGCCGAAGCCGCAGGUGAAGUUCAGUCUGCGGUCCGCGGCGCACGCCGAAGAGGACGGCUGCCCGCUCGCCAUCGGCCAGCGCGGGCGGCUGCAGGGCUGCAACUUCAACGUGACGGCGAAAACCUUCUUCAUCAUCCACGGCUGGACAAUGAGCGGUAUGUUUGAAACCUGGCUGGGCAGCUUGGUGUCUGCUCUUCAGGAGAGGGAAAAGGAUGCCAACGUGGUGGUGGUGGAUUGGCUUUCGCUUGCCCACCAGCUCUACACCGAUGCUGUGAACAACACGCAGGUUGUUGGAAAAAGCAUAGCGAGGCUGCUCGACUGGUUACAGGAGAACCCACUCUUCAAGCUCGAGAACGUCCACCUGAUCGGGUACAGCCUGGGUGCCCACGUAGCUGGCUUUGCUGGUAACCACGUCCAUGGGACAAUAGGCAGAAUUACAGGCUUGGAUCCAGCUGGGCCGAUGUUUGAGGGAGUGGACCCCAGCAAGCGCCUCUCCCCCGACGAUGCUAACUUUGUGGAUGUCCUUCACACCUACACGAGGGAAACACUGGGCGUUAGCAUUGGGAUCCAGAUGCCCGUGGGCCACGUUGACAUCUACCCCAAUGGAGGAGACUUCCAGCCUGGCUGUGGUUUAAGUGACGUCUUGGGAGCCAUCGCCUACGGGACCAUCGGUGAGGUUGUUAAGUGUGAACACGAGCGGUCUGUGCACCUCUUCGUGGACUCCCUGGUGAACCAGGACAAGCAAAGCUUCGCUUUCCAGUGCACCGACUCCAGCCGCUUCAAGAAGGGCAUCUGCCUGAGCUGCCGCAAGAACCGCUGCAGCGGCAUCGGCUACAACGCCAGGAAAACGCGGCCCAGAAGGAACAGCAAGAUGUACCUGAAAACACGAGCUGACAUGCCUUUCAAAGUCUACCAUUAUCAGAUGAAGAUGCAUGUCUUCAGCUACAAGAGCUUGGGAGACAUUGAUCCCACCUUCUCUGUCACCCUUCACGGCACCAAUGGAGACUCUGAACCCCUCUCUUUAGAAAUGCUUGAUCAAAUUGGCCUCAACGCUACCAACACCUUUCUAGUCUAUACUGAAGAGGACAUGGGUGAGCUUUUAAAGAUAAAGCUCACCUGGGAAGGAACAUCUCAGUCAUGGUACGAUCUCUGGAAAGAGCUGAAGAGCUACUGGUACCGUCCUGCAAAGUCUCAACAGGAGCUGCAUAUCAGGCGUAUCCGUGUGAAGUCUGGGGAAACCCAGCAGAGGUUUGCUUUCUGUGUGGAGGACUCCCAGCUAACUGAUAUAUCUCCUGGAAAAGAGCUCUGGUUUGUGAAGUGCGCAGACGAAUGGCCAAAGAGAUCUGUCUCAAAUUUGCUCUGAAGACUUCUCUAAAGACCCACAACUGAGAUGCAUGAAGACCACACAGGUAGCAAGCUGCUCUGGCAGAAGUCUGGCUUGGAAGCACUUAAAUCAUCUAGCUCUUCAUCACAAAACAUCUUAGAUCAGAUGGAGUAAACUGGGGAUCAAUUGAUAGACUGGGGUUCUAGACCUAGAGUAACUAAAACUACAUCUUCCCUUCCCCAAGGAGCCUGGCUUCUGCACUUACCCUUACCUUGACCUGUGACACGCUGCAUUUCCUGCCCCGCUCCCAUUAGCGGGGACUGUGGGUGAGAUCUUCACAGAUCCAGGCCUCAGCAAUGAUCUUGUGGACUGCUUGCCAGUGGAGUUGAGAAGAUAACCAUGCCAACUGCUCAUCAGACUGCUGCUGACAUUGCUGCCAAGAGCAAACCAGCAUUUACCGUAGGAGUCACCGAGGGUCCAAUAGCGCUGUGGGAAGAUGAGACCUGCACAGGUCAAGCGUGGGGGGGUUGUUCAGGGGAGGGGUGGGAAUGAGCACAAUGCCACUUAACUUCAAGUUGUCCUUUGCUAGCUUUAAAAAUAACCCACUCUAUCUGGCUGAUAGUGAAAUCUCAAUAUGUUGCUUUGUAAGAAGGUGGCACUCUGUCCUCCCUGUACCUGUGUACGGGAGCAGAACACGGUGCAAAUGGCAGGUCGUGGUGUUGGCACCUGCUGCUUGCUCCCCAGUCAGUGUCUGCAGCGAGACUUGCCCAGUCAUAGAAUCCCAGAAUGGUUUGGGUUGGAAGGGACCAUAAAGUUGAUCCAAUUCCAACCUCUUGAGAAGGGAAGGGACACCUUCCACUAGCCCAGGUUGCUCCAAGCCCCAUCAUCCCGUGUGUCGAUCUCUUUGUAAAAGGCAAGUGGCAGCUGUCCUAUUGGCUGUAGAGGAGGAGGAAGGUUGUGAGCCUUCAAGAGAGCUGUGCACCUGUCCUUUUAACUACUGACAUGUUUGCCUCAUGUUCAGGUGUUGCUGUAGUACCAACACAUAAUUAAGACCUUGUUUUUGUGCCACCUGUUUGAGUCAAACAGACACCGUCCUACUCUCAUUGCCAUAGCAUCCUGGUUGGAUUCCCUGGUGCCAGGUGAAGCUGUCUUUGUCCAGACUCUACAGUUAUCCUGUCUGCCACAUCAGAGUGGACCUUGUCAGAGGUCAACUAGUUUCUUUUUGGUUUUUUCCUUUCUUUCUUUUCCUUUGUUUUUGGAAGGAGACUUGGUGUAGUGACUCUUGAACUUUUGGCGUGCAAAAGAGAGGCAGUUUGUUUUGUAAAGCAUGGUGUUGCCAGAUGGUGCACUGAGUUCUGAAGAUUUAGCAAGUCCUUCAGAGGCCUGCAGUUCUCUGGGGUUUUGUGGAGCUUCAGUCCAACCAAAGCAAGCAUAUUGGGGAUAUUUUCUUUCUUUCUUUUCCAUGGUUUUACACAAAGGCUUCAAUAACUGAGGCCUUUGUAAGUGUCUGUGACUUGUCACCGUGCCAUACAUUGAGUGGUUUCAAAGUCCUAUUUGUAUAUUGUGGUUUUUGUAUGACUUAAACAUAAUUUAUUUCUCAUACUGUACAUAUGUAAAGUUUUCAUCAUUUUCAUUGUGAGUAACUGUUUUUA